GUGAUGGUCACUGGGUCUCGAGUGUCUGAGUGACUGGACGAGGGCGCCUCUCUUAAGCCCCGGGCUGGGAGGCAACCGAUGGCUUCGUGACAGACAGAGGUGAGCACACGGUCGCGGGCUGCACAACCCCGGGCGCAUGGACCUGGGCGCGCGGGGCGUCCGCCAACCCCUAACCCAGCUUGCACUUCUCGAUCCCGGAGGGCGCGGCCCGCCGGAGUCCCGGGAGUGCCAGGGAGCGCCUGUGUGCUACUCGAGGUUUGGUGGGUCUCACGGCAGCGCACGCAUUGGAAAGUUUCACCCUCCCUGGACCGGUGACUGGAGGGGCAGUCGUGGCUUCUGCUUCCUUUCGCCUUCCUAGCCGGGCAGGAGGACCCCCGCGUCUCUGGGGCUGACCUGUGAGGACACGUUUCCCACAGGCCCUCCUCUCUGAGCAGUGGGACUCCCACCAGAAGCCCAGUGUGAGGACAGAGAGAUGGCGCUGAGCCUGGAGUCUACAACCAAUUUCCCCACGCUGACCGUGUCAGGAACUGUGUCUGAGUUGCCUGGUGGCUCCAAUGUGUCCCUCAACAGUUCCUGGACUGGCCUAACAGAUCGCAGCUCCCUGCAAGACCUGGUGGCCACGGGUGCCAUUGGGGCGGUGCUCUCAGCCAUGGGUGUGGUGGGCAUCGUGGGAAACGUGUACACCCUGGUGGUCAUGUGCCGCUUCCUGCACGCCUCAGCCUCCAUGUAUGUCUAUGUGGUCAACCUGGCACUGGCCGACUUGCUGUACCUGAUGAGCAUCCCCUUCAUCGUAGCCACCUACGUAACGAAGGACUGGCACUUUGGAGAUGCGGGCUGCCGUGUUCUCUUUAGCCUGGACUUCCUCACCAUGCACGCCAGCAUCUUCACUCUGACCAUAAUGAGCAGUGAGCGCUAUGCAGCGGUGCUGAGACCUCUGGACACGGUGCAGCGCUCCAAGGGUUACCGUAAGCUGCUGGCACUGGGCACCUGGUUGCUGGCAUUGCUGCUGACCUUACCCAUGAUGCUUGCCAUCCGGCUGGUUCACAGAGGCCCCAAGAGCCUUUGCCUGCCGUCCUGGGGCCCUCGUGCCCACCGUAUUUACCUGACGCUUCUCUUCGGGACCAGCAUUGUGGGGCCCGGCCUGGUCAUUGGGCUGCUCUAUGUCCGCCUGGCCAGGGCCUACUGGCUCUCUCAGCAAGCCUCUUUCAAGCAGACGCGGCGGCUGCCAAACCCCAGGGUGCUCUACCUCAUCUUUGGCAUCGUCCUCCUCUUCUGGGCCUGCUUCCUACCUUUCUGGCUGUGGCAGCUGCUGGCCCAGUACCACGAGGCCAUGCCACUGGCACCCCAGACUGCACGCAUUGUCAACUACCUGACCACUUGCCUCACUUACGGCAACAGCUGCGUCAAUCCCUUCCUUUAUACACUGCUCACCAAGAACUAUCGCGAGUACCUGCGUGGCCGCCAGCGAGCACUGGGUAGUAGCAGUUGCCGUGGCCCAGGGAGUGCUGGCAGUUUCCUGCCCAGCCGAGUCCACCUCCAGCAGAAUUCCGGCCGCUCGGUGUCCUCCAGCAGCCAGCAGACCACAGAGACCCUCAUGCUGUCCCCAGUUCCCCCUAGUAGGGCCUUCGUCUGAACGUGCAAGGACCCAAAGCCAGGCCACCGAGAAGCCCGUCCCAGAAUCCCCUACUCAAACCUAACCAUCUUGUCCGUCGUUCUCAGCUGUCUUCCGGAACGUUCCCUGUUUUUUCUUCAUUACUGCUCACUCCAGCACCUUUCCCGCAGUGGCAGUGCCAACCCGCGCCUCCUUCAAACCUGUCUCUCAGAGUCUUCAGACCCUGCGGCCCAGACCCGCUUUCUGUAGACCCUGGUGAACUGAGUCAUCUAAAGCCUAUUACCCAGAGCAGCUAGUGCCAGACCGUGAACCCGAUCUGUAGA